AUGUCGUCCUCCCUGGGCCCCCCGCGCCUGCCCCCCGGAAGCCCCGCCGCCGCCCCGGAGGACCCCGAGGCGGCGCGCCUGCGCUUCCGGGGGUUCCGCUUUGAAGAGGCGGCGGGUCCCCCCGAGGCCCUGGCCCGGCUCCGCGAGCUGUGCCGCCGGUGGCUGCGGCCCGAGGCGCACUCCAAGGAGCAGAUGCUGGAGCUGCUGGUGCUGGAGCAGUUCCUGGGCGCGCUGCCCCCCGAGAUCCAGGCCUGGGUGCAGGGCCAGAGGCCAGGCAGCCCCGAGGAGGCCGCCGCGCUGGUGGAGAGCCUGCGGCAGGACCCCGGGCAGCUGCUGGACUGGAUCGCAGCCCGCGUCCUGAAGCCAGCGGUGCUCCCGGCGGCGCAGGAGGCAGAGGACUCACCGGAGAGAGUCCCGCCCGUCGGGGCAGCCGCGGGGGAGCGGCCGGAGGACGCCCCGGUGCAGACGGAGGGGUCUGCCCGGCUCAGCUGCAGCGUGAAGGAGGAGCCCGAUGCUGACGGGCCGGAGACCGCAUCCGCCAGUCCCCCCAAUCCAGUCCAGACCCAGGAGGGGCCAGUGGGAACCGGGGAACCGGACUCUGCCUCCUUCCACGCCCCCGGGAUGCAGGAGGAGUGGGGGCUGCUGGACCCGUCGCAGAAGGAGCUGUACUGGGAUGCGCUGCUGGAGAAGUACGGCUCCGAGAUCUCCCAGGGGUUGCCGCCGCCCUUCCCGGACGAGCGGGCGAAGCUGGAGCCGGAGCCGGGGUCGCCGAGCGCGGGCGCCGAGGGCGCGGGAGCCGAGCGCCGGGGCCCGCGCUUCACCUGCGCGCAGUGCGGCCGCGGAUUCGGCUGGAAGUCCGUGUUCGCCAUCCACCACCGCGCGCACCGGGCCGCGCCGGCCGCCCCUGCGCCGCCGCCGGGGCCCCGGGAGCCGGCCGCCCCCGCCCCCGCCCGCCCCGCGCCCCCCGCCCGCGGCUACACGUGCGCCGAGUGCGGCCGCGGCUUCAGCUGGAAGUCGCAGCUGGUGAUCCACCGCCAGGGCCACGGCCCCCGCCCGCGCCACGUGUGCGGGGACUGCGGCCGCGGCUUCGACUGGAAGUCCCAGCUGGUGAUGCACCGCCGCGGCCACCGCCCGCGGGACCCGUGA